AUGAAGAAAACGUUUUCUUCGAAACAAAGCGCGAAAUUGCGACAAAUUCUGGACAAAAAUGAGACCAAAGUCGCGAGAGUGGAAUCGCCGGACACCAGGAGUCGAUCGCUGGCCACGCGAUCACUCGCGAGAGUGGAAUCGCCGGACACCAGGAGUCGAUCGCUGGCCACGCGAUCACGUGAUCGUCUCCUCUAUUCGCGCUUUCGAGCGAUAAACGAGUUUUUGUAUUCGCAUUCAACGCAAGAAUCGCGAGCUUUUCUCUCGUCUUCCCUUUUCGCCACUUAUCACCAAAUCUAUCGACAAAUCGCAGAGAAAUGGCCGCAAAAACCCGUUCAUCACGUGAUACGCCGUCUCGAGACGCUUCCCGCCGACCACGUGAUCGCAGACAUCGGUUGCGGAGAGCGCGCGCUCAUUGGCCAGCACUUCCCCGAACGCGUUGUCCACUCCUUCGACUUGGUCUCCGCCGACAGUCACGUGACUCGCGCAGACAUGGCGUCUCUGCCGCUGCCCUCCGCCUCGCCGAAUCGAGUGAUGAGAGCCGGAGCGCGACUCCUCAUUGUUGAGGUGACGUCACGGUUCGAGGAGACGUCUGUCGCGGAGUUCGCGCGCCAAAUGCGCUCUUUUGGGUUCCGGCUGCGCGCGCAACGCCACCUCUCGGACGACCAGUACUUCGUGUUCCUCGAGUUCGAGAAGAGCGGCGAUUGUUCCGAAACUCCGCCCGACGUCAGCCUCAAGGCGUGUCUCUACAAGAAGCGCUGA